AUCUCCGAAAUUUCCUACCCAGCAGUCCGGGGGCUGCUCGGCUCCUGUGUGCAGCUGAUGGUGGUCAUAGGCAUCCUCCUGGCCUACCUGGCAGGCCGGGUGCUGGAGUGGCGCUGGCUGGCCGUGCUGGGCUGCGUGCCCCCCUCCCUCAUGCUGCUGCUCAUGUGCUGCGUGCCUGAAUCCCCGCGCUUCCUGCUCACUCAGCACAAGCGCCAGGAGGCCAUGGCCGCCCUGCACUUCCUGUGGGGCUCCGAGCAGGGCUGGGAAGAGCCUCCCAUCAGGGAAGAGCACCAGGGCUUCCACCUGGGCUUGCUGAAGCACCCCGGCAUCUACAAGCCCUUCGUCAUCGGUGUAUCGCUGAUGGCCUUUCAGCAGCUGUCAGGGGUCAAUGCCGUCACGUUCUAUGCUGAGACCAUCUUUGAGCAGGCCAGGUUCAAGGACAGCAGCCUGGCCUCAGUCAUCGUGGGCAUCAUCCAGGUACUGUUCACAGGUAUGGCGGCCCUCGUCAUGGACAGAGCUGGGCGGAGGCUGCUCCUGGCCUUGUCAGGCGUGGUCAUGGUGGUCAGCACCAGUGUCUUCGGCUCCUACUUCAAGCUGGCCCAGGGGGGCGCCAGCAACUCCUCGCACAUGGAUCUCUUGGCACCGGUCCCCGCAGAGCCCGUUGAUGCACACGUGGGUCUGGCCUGGUUGGCUGUGAGCAGCAUGUGCCUGUUCAUCGCAGGUUUUGCCUUGGGGUGGGGACCCAUCCCCUGGCUCCUCAUGUCAGAGAUCUUCCCUCUGCACAUCAAGGGCGUGGCUACGGGCAUCUGCGUCCUCACCAACUGGCUCACGGCCUUUCUGGUGACAAAAGAGUUCAGCAGCCUGAUGGAGGUCCUCAGGCCUUACGGAGCCUUCUGGCUCUCCUCCGCCUUCUGUAUCUGCAGUGUCCUUUUCACCUUGUUCUGUGUCCCUGAAACCAAAGGAAGGACUUUGGAGCAAAUCACAGCCCAUUUUGAGGGGCGAUGAUACCCCUUUUCUGUGAGUGGCUGCCCCUCCUAGCUGAGCCAGCUUUGGACUUCAAGGGGAAUGGAGCCAGCCUGUGACUCUGAGCUGAGCCUGAGCUGUCAGGUUCACCAGCCUCCGGGUCCAGUUCCUGCUGCUGCUGUGGGGACUCACAACCAUCUGGGAGGAGCCCUGUGGUCAGCCCUCCACACACCGCCUCCUUCAUGACACUAAAGCAGCAGGGGUUGGGGGGCCCUUCUUCGCUCCUCAUUUCCUGGCUGGAGAUGCUUUUGGAGACUGGGUGCUGGGCACCUGCUUGCUCCUCUCACAUGGCUGCAUUAUCAGGAAGGAACUUUGUCAAAUAAAGAUUUCACUCAGAAAAUCAGGUCAC